AUGGAGUUUCCUUUUAUAUGACAUCGGUGUUGAAUACAGUUCAUGCUCUGGGAGCUUUGUGCUGUCGGGUUUGAUGGUCUGAACAAUCCAACAAUGCAAUUGGAUGCUUCAAUGAUAAACUCAACUAAUUUCUAAGAAAUGAUGGUAUGGAAUUUUUUUUUUUUUGGGGGGCGGGGUUGUUGGUAUGACCUUUCAGCCUGAUGUUCAAUGGUCCAGUGGUUUGUGAAAGGGCUUGUAAUAACUUCAUCAAAGUUAAGAUAUGUAGUAUUAUCUCUUUUCAUUUCAGGGAAUCUAUUUAUUUACCAAGAUCUUCUUUAAUGCUUCUCACAGGAAUUUCUUUCAACUAGAGUUUUCGCUAUGUAGUAUUACAAAUCUCCCCGUUAGUUUAUUAAAUAAACUGAGAUGAUGCCACGAAUGACGUCAAAUGGUUCCGAAUCAAUUCUCUCUCUCUGUCUGUCUCUCCAGUCUCCACUAUAUAAGGACGCAGAGGAAUGCAAGCUCCAAGGCAAAAGAUAGAGAUGGCAGGUCCUCAAUGUUGCGACAAUCCACCUACGCUUAACCCAAACUCUGGGGAAGGGAAAGUUGAAGAAUUUGGAGGACUCUUACGCUACAUCACUGGUUCAUCCGAUUCUAAAGCUGCAAUCCUUCUUGUCUCCGAUGUAUUUGGAUUUGAAGCACCAAACUUGAGGAAGCUAGCAGACAAAAUUGCGGCUGCAGGAUACUAUGUGGUGGUUCCUGAGUUCAUGCAUGGGGAUCCCUAUGACCCUGAUAAUACUGAGAGGCCUAUAAUGGUCUGGAUUAAAGAUCAUGGAGUGGAUAAAGGAUUUGAGGAGGCUAAACCAAUUGUUUCAACUAUAAAAAGUAAAGGCUUUUCCACUAUUGGGGCUGCCGGGUUUUGCUGGGGCGCCAAGGUGGUUGUGGAACUAGCAAAGGCCAGUUACAUUCAAGCUGCAGUGCUAUGCCAUCCUUCCCUCGUCUCUAUCGAUGACAUCAAGGAGGUUAAGGCUCCCAUUGCUGUACUUGGAGCUGAAAUCGACCGGAAUUCUCCACCAGAACUUUUGAAACAAUAUGAGGGGGUUUUAUCGGUUGAAGGGUAUGUGAAGAUAUUCCCUGGGGUGGCACAUGGAUGGACAAUGAGGUACGAUCCUGCGGACAAAAAGGCUGUGGAACCUGCUGAGGAAGCACACCAAGACAUGUUGGACUGGUUUGUCAAGUUUGUCAAGUAAAGAGAAGAUACAAUAUAGACAGCAUGAGAAACCAUUAGGCUGUAGUAUCGGUCCUAUGUUCAGUAUUAUCUGUUCUGCGAGAGAGCAUUAUUGAUAGUGUUACCAGUGUAAAGUCAUAUAAGUACUAAUCUUGGUAUGAAUAAAAUUUUGCUUUUGAAUA